AUGUCUAUGAAACUGACUGCCUUUCUGUUGCUGCUUCAGCUGAAUAGUUACUUUGGUUAUGGAAGCUGUGGAAAGGUGCUGGUGUGGCCCAUGGAAUUCAGUCAUUGGAUCAAUAUAAAGACAAUACUAGAUGCACUUGUCCAAAAGGGUCAUGAGGUGACAGUUUUGAGACCUUCAACAUCCAUUACUUUUUAUGUGGAAAAGGAAUCUGCUAUUAAAUUUGAGGAUUAUCCUGUAUCACUCUCUGCAAGUGGCUGGGAGUAUGUUUUCACAGAAGGACUCAUGAAAAUGAUUUAUGAGCUACCAAAAGAAUCAAUUUGGACAUAUUUUUCAACAAUGCAAAAGCUUGUAUGGGAAGAGACUGAUUUACUGAAAAUCAUCUGUGAAGAUGUAGUGCGAAACAAAGAACUCAUGUCAAAACUACGAAAAUCAAGGUUUGAUGUCAUCCUGGCUGAUGCGAUAUUUCCUGGUGGUGAUCUGAUUGCUGAGCUUCUGAAUAUACCCUUGGUGUACACCCAUUGUUUCUUUCCUGGCAACACAUAUGAAAAGUACAGUGGUGGACUCUCAUAUCCUCCUUCCUAUGUGCCUGUUGUUUUUUCAGAAUUAAGUGAUCAAAUGACAUUCAUGGAAAGAGUAAAAAAUAUGAUAUAUGUGCUUUAUUUUGACUUUUGGUUUCAAAUGUUUAACGAGAAGAAAUGGAAUCAAUUUUACAGUGAAGUAUUAGGAAGACCCACCACUUUAACUGAGACAAUGGGGAAAGCAGAUGUAUGGCUCGUUAGAACCUACUGGGACCUAGAAUUUCCUCACCCAACCUUACCCAAUUUUGAUUUUAUUGGAGGACUCCACUGCAAACCCGCCAAACCUCUGCCUAAGGAACUGGAAGACUUUGUGCAGAGCUCUGGAGAACACGGCAUUGUGAUAUUUAGUCUGGGGUCAAUGGUCAUGAACCUGACAGAAGACAUAGCCAAUGCGAUCGCUUCAGGCCUUGCUCAGAUUCCACAGAAGGUUGUAUGGAGAUAUGAUGGCAAGAAACCAGCCACUCUAGGACCCAACACUCUGCUGUACAAAUGGAUCCCUCAGAAUGACCUGCUUGGUCACCCAAAAACUAAAGCUUUUGUAACUCAUGGUGGAACCAAUGGCAUCUAUGAAGCAAUCCACCAUGGCAUCCCUAUGGUGGGCAUUCCUCUGUUUGGGGAUCAGGCUGAUAACAUUGUCCACCUGAAGGCCAAAGGAGCAGCUGUUAGACUGAACUUCAUCACAAUGUCAAGUACAGAUUUGGUAAAUGCAGUGAAUACAGUCAUUAAUGAUCCUUCCUAUAAAGAAAAUGCCAUGAGGUUAUCAAGAAUUCAUCACGACCAGCCAGUGAAGCCCCUGGACCGAGCAGUCUUCUGGAUCGAGUUUGUCAUGCGUCACAAAGGGGCUAAGCACCUGCGAGUUGCAGCCCAUGAUCUCUCCUGGUUCCAGUACCACUCUUUGGAUGUGAUUGGGUUCCUGCUGGCCUCUGUGGCCACUGUGAUAUUUAUUGUCACAAAAUGUUGUCUGUUUUGCUGCCACAAGUUUGCAAAAACCGGAAAGAAGAAAAAAAGGGAAUAAUUGUAUCUUCACCCGAAGUUGGUAGUCCUGAAGGAUGUACUUCCUUCAGUUUAUUCCAGGAAGAAGAGAUUAUGACAGAAGAUUCCUUACUUCUGUGACAAAUUACUUUUUUAAGUCAAAUUUCAUUUUCCUGGGAUAUAAUCCCUAUGUAUGAGUAAGAAGUAUUUUCAAUCAGAGACAGGAGAAUGUAAAAAUAAUAAAAGAUUAAUGGUGCUUAUUGAAAAAUAUUGCUGAUAUUACAAAUUAUAACAAAAUACUUAGCUUAACUGUGAUUUACAAGGUAUUUUUGGAUGAAUAACAUGAAAAAGCCUAUGCAGAGUAUAGAUCUGAUUUUGUACAUAUUUAGCUUACGUUAGUUUCAUUUUUGUGCAG